AUGGCUCACGAGGACGUUUGGUAUUCGCACCCCAGAAAGUACGGCAAGGGAUCGCGUCAGUGCCGUGUUUGCGCUCACAAGGCUGGUUUGAUCCGCAAGUACGGACUCAACAUCUGCAGACAGUGCUUCCGGGAGUACUCCAAGGACAUUGGAUUCGUCAAGAACCGAUAA